AUGGAAGCCAUGAAGAUAUCAAAGCGGUUCUUUGCCUUUGGGAUUUUGACGUGCAUAGCUGUUUAUGUUGCAUACAUAAAAUGGCACUUGGGCUCCAAAUCAUUUUUGGGAGCCACAGAAGGAGUUGCUGAAAGCAGGGGAGAUAAACUGACCCAUCAGGCAGUGACCACAGCUCUCUCAGUCUUUUAUGGAAUUAUGUUUGACGCAGGAAGCACGGGAACUCGCAUCCAUAUAUUUAAAUUUGCACAGCAGCCGAGAGAGACUCCCAGAUUAACCCAUGAGACGUUUAAAGCACUGAAACCAGGUCUGUCAGCGUAUGCUGAUGAUGUUGAAAAGAGUGGCCAAGGAAUAAAAGAGCUCCUGGAGGUGGCAAAGAAGGAAGUUCCUAUGGAGCUGUGGAAGUUUACUCCUCUGGUCCUGAAAGCCACAGCUGGCCUGCGGUUGCUGCCAGGAGAGAAAGCCCAGAAAUUGCUGGAAAAGGUUUUAUUUGAACUACAGGUGAAGGAGAUUUUUCAGGCCUCCCCCUUCUUUGUGAGGGACAAUUGUGUGUCGAUAAUGAAUGGAACAGAUGAAGGUAUUUCAGCGUGGAUCACGAUAAAUUUUUUAACAGGCAGGCUAGAUGACCCACAGAAGAGAAGUGUAGGGAUGCUGGAUUUGGGUGGUGGAUCAACACAGAUCACUUUCCUUCCGCGCACCAAGGCAACUCUCCAGACAUCACCAUCUGGCCACACAACUUCAUUUCAGAUGUUUAACCACACCUACAAGCUGUAUUCAUACAGUUACCUGGGACUUGGGCUGAUGUCAGCAAGGCUUGCCAUUUUGGGAGGAGUAGAGGGAAAACCCUUAGGAGAAGGGGAGGAAUUGAUCAGCCCUUGUUUACCACCUGGCUUCAAAUCCGAAUGGCAACAUGCUGAGAUAGUGUACAAAAUUAAAGGACAGAAGGCAGGUGAGCCUCUGUAUGAGUCUUGUUCUAAUAAAGUGGCAAAGAUGCUCUACAAAAAAGUGCACAGAGCUGAUGAAGUGAAAAACCUGGACUUUUACAUUUUCUCCUACUACUACGACUGUGCAGCAGAGGCUGGUCUCAUAGAUAAAGAAAAAGGAGGAAGCUUAACUGUCAGUGACUUUGAAAUUGCAGCUAAAUAUGUUUGUAAGACCAUGGAAAUCAGCCCUAGAAACAGCCCUUUUCUCUGCAUGGACCUCACAUACAUUACCUUCCUGCUUCAGGAACUGGGAUUCCCGAAGAGCCAAGGCUUUAAGCUUGCCCGGAAAAUCGACAAUGUUGAAACGAGCUGGGCAUUGGGAGCCACUUUCCAUUACAUUGACUCACUCAAUAGACUGCAGUACUAAUGUUCCUAGGAGGUGACUUUUUGGAAUUUCCAUUUUUUGGAAGCACAGCAUGGGAGACCCUAUCAAAGGAUGUGCUUUUGGCUUCCAGAGUCCUUUGGAAG